AGUGGGAAGCGGGAACUUUUUGCCUGUGUUCUUCUGGUUUCGCGGUGUGGACCGUGCAGUCACGAGUCACAAAACAGGGAAAGUAAGGUGUCAAAGAAACUGGAAACGCAAUCAAUCAAAUCUUCCCAAAUUGGAAGGUAAAAAAAGAAGAGUUGUUGUGGCUAGAGGCUUGAUUUGAGUUCAUAGGUAGGUUCCGUUGCUUUUUGCUCCAUUGAUCUCCUUCUCUACCUCCUUAUGGCUCCACGGGGACGUACCAAGAAGGGUCAGAUGCGUAUGGAUGCAGCUCUUGAUGCAAUGAUGAGCUAUGGGUUCCCUGAGGAACUGAUUGUCACUACAGUGAAAGAGCUUUUGGAUGUUUAUGGUAUGGAUGGAUGGCCAUUUAUUGAAGAGGCUUCAUAUAGAGUCCUGCUUGACAGUAUUCUUGAAAAGGUUGAGAAGGAGGCAAAGGAAAAGGGUGAUUCCCCGCCAAGCGGUGGCAGAGAUGGGAACAACACCAAAGCAUCAUGUGCUGGGCCAUCAAGCGAGGCUCUUGUACAUACAUACUCUAGUGAGGACGCUUUGUUGCAGUCUAAUGUAAAUCUGGAUAUUGCAUCAGAUACUGAUAACAAUAAGGCUCCAGUCACUGCAUUACGGGCUGAUGGAUUUGAAUGUAAUACUUGUCCACCAGAAGCUGAAGUAGAAGGAAAUACUUGGAAGGACAUCAACUUAGAUCAAGGCUCCAGGGAACAGCAAAUGAGCAACUCAAAUGGAAAUUUUCAUGCUGUUCCCAAACUUGGAAGCAGCAGCCACUCUGUUCAACAUGAUAUUUGCUCCCCAGAACGAGUGGAUGCUCUUCCAAGGCGAAGCCGUAGACCUUUCCAUGGAUGGAUUAGUAGUGAUGAUGAGGAGGAACUUGUGGAACUAACACCAGCACCAUUGCACGAGACAUUAGCAAAGAUAUUAUAUACAACAGAUGUUUCCAAGAAUCGCAAGAGAAGAUGGGACGUAAGGCCUGAAGAUAUGUAAACUUUCCUAGCACUAUCUUUAUGGUUGCAAGAAACAUGAAGAUCUGGGGAUUAAACUAGUUUCUCCCUACUGUUUUUGUAUAUAGUUAGGCAUCUUUAAAAGAACUUUUAGACAAGAAACAUUUGGGGUUUUGAAUUGUUGAAUGGUCAGUUCUUGUUCAA